AAUUUAUUCAAAAUUUCAUAAUCAUAGAAAACUUGGACAAAAUUUAGGAAAAAUUUCUCAAAAUGUCCGUACUGAAGGACGCGAUAAGUGCGAAUUCUGUUCUAACCAUAGGCAGCAUAACGGUAGACCUCUGCAAGUUUAGAGUGGACCACAUAAACAUGGAGCAUUUACAAGCCCCAAUUCCUGAACAUCUGUCAUCCGUUACUCUAUGGGCCUUAUUUCGAAGUAGUAGCUAUUAAAUCGCUAAAAUAAGGCCCACAGAUUGUAGUUCUCUGGAAUGAGUAAGACAGUUCCUACUUUGACAAGCUUGUCUUGGAUAUUUCUGUGGCCCGGUGUCUAGAACAGGUGAAUUUUGUACAGUUCAGCCACCCUGCUAAGAAAUAUGCUUUAGUUUAGUCUUAGCUGGUAAUGAAUUGUGGCCAAUGGAAAGGCCGGAUGGUAUGCCAAACAUAGUCUCAUUAGAAGUGAUGUGCGGUAAGGAUCACAUGGAUGUUCAUUUAACGUUUUCACAUCCGUUUGAGGGCAUUGUUAGUUCAAAGGGUCAACACAGUGAUCCCAGAUGUGUUUAUGUGCCUCCAUCAACGGGCAAAACCUUCUUCUCAUUCAGAAUAUCAUAUUCACGAUGUGGUACCAAACCCGAUUUGAAUGGACAAUUUUAUGAAAAUACGGUGGUCGUGCAAUAUGACAAAGAUCUCCUCGAGGUAUGGGAUGAAGCGAAGCGCUUACGUUGUGAAUGGUUUAAUGAUUAUGAGAAGACAGCAUCCAAGCCGCCAAUGGUCAUUGCUGAUCUGGAUGUAAUACAAUUGGAUUUCCGAGGUGAUAAUGUCGAUUGUUGGAUGGAAAUUCAACAUGGUCGUGGACCAUGGGCGCCUCCUGUUAGUGGCAUAGUACCUCUAGGCUCCACACUUACUUUAGUGGUGGCCAUUAACGAUUAUCGGGGCGAAUUCGACAUGCGUGUUAAAUCCUGUGUUGCUUCCGAUGGUUCUGGUCACGUCAUCAAUUUGUCCGAUGAAUUUGGUUGUGUGCUGCGACCCAAAAUGAUAUCCCGCUUCCUGAAGUCACGAGCACCCGAUGAGAGAGCAACUGUUAUCACUUAUGCCUUCUUCCAUGCCUUCAAAUUCCCCGAUGCCCUAAGUGUGCAUAUCAAGUGUAAAGUGGAAAUAUGUCGCCAUGGCUGCUUGGAUCAUUGCCAAUCGUCUGAUAACUCCAAUGAACGUAAAGAUGUGAUUGGCAAUGAUCAGAUGAUGAAUAACAAAAAUGAUUUGCUACACGAAAUGGCUGGUCAUCAUGGUAGUAUGGCAGGGAAUAUGCAUCACAACAUUGGAGGCGGUGGAGGAGGAGGCGGACAUACCAAUGAAGUGGGUGUGGGUUCGGUAAGCGGCGGCGGAAACAUGGGUGGCCAUCAUGGUGGUGGUGGAGAAAGUGAUCAUGAUGUCUUCUAUGAUGACAUCAUACACAAUCGCAAACAAUUGUCUCAGAUCAAUAGUGGCAUUGCCAAUAUACUGGAUCACUUUAACAAUGUCCAUGAGAAGAGUGCCAAUUUGCCACCCAGGCCGGUGCAUGAGGAUCCCGAGGAACAAGAUUUGGAUGAUAUAUUCGGUGAUGAGGAUUUGGCCAAUCUGGAUGAGGCUCAGUAUAUGGAAUUGCGCAAUAGUGGAAAAUUCCCCCAUGGUCCACGUCAGUUGGCCCAAAAACGCAUGGGAGUACCUAUGGCGGGACCCAGAUCUUUGGAGCCCAAAGACAAAGAUGAGAUGCCAAGACCGGUAUAUAGGCCACAAGCUGAAGCCUUAACGCAGGAGCGAGAAGAUCACAUUGAUCUGGAUAAGCCUGCAAAAGAAAGUGCCACCGAUGAGGGGGAACUGAAAAAGAAUGGAGAUAAUAAAACAACAACAACAACCACAACCGAAGGUAUACCAAGAAGACGCCGCCGUUCCAUAGUCAUAUCCGAUCGCAAAGUGCGUAGUGCUGAUGUGGGUGUUAGUGGCCUAUACGAUGUUAUCUCGGAGGCUGAUUUAGCCUUCUCCCCUGAUACCAAACAGGAGGCUGUAACAGUCUUCCAGGGAAAAAUCACCGAAGAAGUUGUCUAUGGCAUAUGCAUGCCGGUGCCUGGUUUCAGCAUACUCUUCAUAGUGGUCAUCUCGGCCACCAUUGUGUCGGCCUUGAUAGCCGGUUCACUGCUCUAUCGCUACCAGUUGCAAAAGGAGGCCAUGGAAAAGGAGGCACCUAUGCCCGUCUAUGGAACCCUGGCCUCUUGGAUGACCUUACGCAUGUUCCGUAUGCGACAGCAGGCCCAGCAGCAGCAUGAACAAAAUGCUGCCCAAAAUGCUGCAGCGGUGGCUGCUGUACAUAAUUCCCUAUCGGCGGCAGCAGCAGCUGCAGCAGCGGCGGCCACCUUAACGCAUGAGACCAUGCAGUAAAGCAAAUGCAAAAAUCUACACAAAAGACCGAAAGCGGAUGUAUGAAAGAAUUUAAGUAAAAAAAAAAACAAACGUCAGCAGCAAGAACACAACGACAAACAUUGACUGAAUAUUUAAAAAAGGAAAAAAGAGCAAAAACUCAUAAAAUCGAAGAAAUAUUUAUUGCAAAAACAAACUAUUCUUAAACACUCUAUAAAAAAAUGUCAAAUUUCGGGCAUAACUGCAAUAGUUGUUUAAUUAAUUUAUUAUUAUUUUUAUUU